CCAAGAAAAAUUGUGUGUGUGUUGGUGUACCAUCGAGUUGCGUGUCGCCCGAUUGCAAAGCUAUUUAACAAAUUUAUUCGAAAAACGCAUUUAAAGCAACGCCCCCUUAACGGAAAGACCUGAACGGGCUGCAAUAAACAUCCACCCAAAGCAAUGGAGUGUUCUUGAGCUCUCAAAGAACAGUUUAUGUGGUAAAAUUUGCAUUUGAAAGUGGACAUCGAGAAGAAAAUUUUGCAGCAGAAAAUUCCCAGAUCAAGUAGAGAGAGAGAGUCGAGCGCAGAGGACACACACCCAACCAAACCAUAACCAAAACCAGUAACCGAACAGCAGCCACAGCACAGCCAGAAGAAGCCGGACGAGCAGAAGCAACGUGAAAGAACAGCAGCGGCUCCACAUUGGACAUGUCAUGUCAGCAAGUGUACAGACUCCACUCAGCAGCCACCGCAACAGCCACGAUACCUAGGAAUCCCGCCAACAGAAACCGGAGCCUUACCGCAGCAGCAGCAUCGUCAGCAGCCGCAAUCAGUGUCACAGCAAAGGCAGGAACAGCAGCAACGCUGACGCCAGUGGAGAGCAUAGCCAGCAAGACGACGUCCGAGGACGCGGAUCCUUAUGCCUUCACAGAGGCCGUGGCAGUUGCACCUCCCAUUUUAUUCAAUGCACAGAAAUCUCGAGCCCGCCUAAGCGACAGCACCAGCAACAGGAGUUGCAGCAGUAACAAGAGGCAAAUACCAGCAGGUGGUGCCACAGGCGGCCGGAAGGUGAGCCUGGUGGCCCAACGCAAUGCCGCAGUAGCAGCAGUCGCGCAGGCAGCAUCCGCAAAGGCGCAGGCGUCUUUAGCAACCCCAGCAAGCACAGCAGCAACAACAACGAAUUUCCAUUAUGCCACGCAAUCUCAGAGACAACCAGUCCUUCCGCCUGUGCAUUUGCAGUUGCACCUGCCGCAGCAAACGCCGCAGUUGCAAUCGCAGUCGCAGGCGUCCCCGAAACGGGCCAACGUGUGCAUAGUCCGCCCGCAGCAGCAGCAGCAAGAGAAGUCCGAGCCUUCUGAGCCCUGCCAGCAGCUGGCUGGCCCACCACCGCCGCUGUACUCCCACACACCGUCGCUCUGGCAGACGCCGCUGCUGCUGGAAAACGGCCAGAAGCAGCAACCGGUGCAGCUCAUCCACCCGCAACAACAACAUCUCGCGCAGCAGCAGCAGCAGCAGCAGCAGACUGUUGCCAUUGCGCUGGUCAGCCCGCCCACAUCGCCCGCCUCACUACCCUCGCCAACUCUGCCGCCAGCCAACGGAGCAGUGACCGCCAUGGUGGCUCCGAUUUCGGUGUCGCCCAAGGGCAGCGGUCUACCGUUGCCGCCCUCGAAAUUCCACCACACCACUCUGGCGCAGCACUUGCAGAAGGUGGAGUGCCUGAAGAAGAAGAAGUCCCUGCCGUUGGUAUGCCAAAUAAACAACAACAACAACGUAAAGAUCCAGAACAACAACAGCAUUGGAGAGUCGCUUAACAAGCCGGUCACCUACAACUGCACCCAGCCGCCCCCUCUGACGGUUUUCAAAGCGUCUGCCCCACCGCAGAUGGCUGUCCCAUCACAGAAACAUUCCGCCGGCAAGAGUAUGGAGGAGAGCGAUCUCAGUGACAUACCCGUCAAUGUUAUAUUCAGGAAGCCGAAAGUGGCAGCAGGACCGGAUGCUGCCACAGAAGUGUCCGUGGGGGGAGUCAAGUUGGUUACCCCGUUGACGCCGCCGACACCGCCGGAGAUCAAAACUCCACCGCCCCUGCUGGCUCAACUGCAUCCUCAGAUACCGCCGCUAGCUGGUGCUCCCGGCCCCCUGCAAAAAACAUCAGUACCACUACCCACACCACCCACAACACCCACACCAGCCAUAGCCAGCCAGCCCACUUCAGCCAAGAAAACUGAACAAAUGUCUUCCAAAGUCGCCAACAAGAGAGGCAACUCAAAUACCAACAACACCCGAAACCACUUAGCCGCCAAGAAGGUGAUGCCGCCGCCCCAGGAACCGGUGGCAUCUCCGAAAACCAAGACGGAGGAGCCGACGACUCGGCAACGACGCUCCGAUUCGGGUGCAAAGCUCGGGUCCGUGGAAUGGAACGAAAACCAGAACUUCUCGACGGACUCGCCCUACUGCCUGCAGCAGUACUGGAUGCACUCUCCCGGUCUUAACUACUCCAAAGAUGAGUCCGCGUCCACGCCGCUCUCGCCAAGUAACAAGCGGGAGGAGAGGAUUGCCGUAAAGAAGGGUUUACUGCGACGGCAGGCUCUGCAACUGCUUUCCACCCGUUCGUUGCAGGAGGUGCCACUGCGGGCCGCAAAGCAGCGGCUGAAGAGUGUCCAGAAUCUGCUGGUUAAGUACCAGGACCAUGCCGGCCAACAGCAGGGAAUUGGCAUUGGGAACCGGUGUCUAGUGGCCAACUGCAAGCUUCCCACUUUGAGCAUGGCAGCGCACUGCGAGCGGCACAUCGUCAACAACGACACCCAGCAGCUGUUCCAGCCGUGUGUGGCCUGGAGAGUGGAUGGAACUGCUUGUCAGGCUCCUGUCUUCGAUGUCCUGCACACGCUGGCCUUGUGCAAGGAGCAUAGCCACCUGCGGACGGGCCUGGACGCAGCCCGACCAGCUCCGAGACAAAACUUACCCCACGCUGGAGUUGGUGUGGCCGGUAGUGUUGCUGGAAGUGCCGGCGCUACGCAGCGCAAGCGCAAGGCCAACUCGAGUCCCGUGACACGUCCCCAGAAACGUGGAAGAAAACCCCUGGCGGAGCAGUGCGUGCCGAAACCCCAGCCUCCCACUCCGCAGGCAACCACUCUGCCUCUGGUUCCAUCCUCGGGAAUGCAGCGCAAGAGCAGCACCACCUCGCUGGAGUCUAUUGCCAGCAACUCGCACUCCUCGCACUCCACAGUGGCAUCGGUUCAGAACAUGCCACAGCUUUCCAUACCGCCGGCCCUGGUUCCACUCAGCGGCGAUUUCCAAGCCAAGCAACAGCACCAGCAGCCGCAACAGCAAGAACAGCAGGUGGUGCCCAAGCUGGAGAUCUUCGAUCCGAUGUUCAAGUUUGUAGACCAAACCCAACUGAGCUCGGGAUCGGGAGUACCCUUGGAUAGCAGCCUCAACCUGCUGGCAAAUGCCAACAUAAAGGCCGAAGAGAUUAGCCAGAUUGUGGCCCAGCUGGCGGCAGCUGGUGGCGAUUUGCACCAUCAUAACAACAAUAACAACAACAAUAUUAGCAACCACAACAACAAUAGUGUGCAUUUCAACAACAACAACAACAUGAACUUCGCCAACAACAACAAUAACAGUCACCAGCAACACAGUUUCCCGUCAUUCAGCACGGCCUUUGGAAGUGCCAUGGGCCAGCCGAUUGUGGCGCAAAACGGGCAUGCACCUGCCAGCCUGGCCAACACGGCGGAUAUUUUGGGGCGGGAAAUGCUAAGUAUUUGCGAGAAUAGCUCGGCGUACGCCAGCUCAGAGGACACUGGACUGGGAGGGCUGAGCGAGUCCGAGCUGAUUGGCGCCAACGAUGCUGAUGACAUAGCAUUGGUGGCGAAUGGCGCCCACUUGCUGGAGGAGCAUGAUCUGGUAAAUGUGUUCGACACGCUGCCGGACGAUGCUUUCAACGAGUUGUUCGAAUCUGUGCAACAAGCCGAGUGCGAAGCUAUGGACCGGGCGCUCGAGAUUGCCGACAAGAACCUCAAGUGUCUGCAGCAGACGAUUGGUGGCUCGGCAGAUAGCGCCUUCCUCAAUGAUUUCCUCGACGUGGGCGAUGAUCUGUUGGCGGAUGCCGUGAUGCAUUCGCCGAAUACCUCCGGUAUCGAUGCAUCCACGUUGUUCGUGGACAGCAGCAGCGGCGGCGGCAACAGCAGCAGCAACGGUGGCUCCGAUAUUUCGCGAUUGGUGCAGACUUAGAUUAGAGCAACACCCGCCGCCAAUAAACUAAACUUACCUUUGAGCACUUCUGGGCAGCUUCCCUUUGGCAACAUUUUCGGCCCAUUUUCACUUUUCCAUAGGCUUUUCCAUAAUAUGAAAGCAUACGCUAGGAAAUAUAUACAUUCAAAUAUAUAAAUAUAUAUAUUUAUUCGUUAAUGUAUAAAACAUAAAAAAAGCUAAAAAAAUAGCACUGACUUCAAAAAAAGAAAAAAACAGAAAUGUCCAAAAAAAGGUUUAGUUGAACUUAACUUAAACACAAGAACAUAGAACUAGCAUUAUAAAUUAAAACGUAAACGUAACAUAACUUGUUAGUGAGCCAAGAACGGAUUGUAGCGAGCAGCUUUAUUAAAUACUUAAAACAAUCAACAAACUGAAUUAAAAACAGCAGCAGCAUCAGCAGCAGAAAAAUAGAAACCGUAGAUAGAUCUUUGAUUUGAAUUAACAUCCAAAUAAGCCCCGACUUCUACUGAGAAUCCUCCUAAUCCAGCAGCAGGAUAAGCAGCGUCUGAGUUACAGUUUGGUUUAAUUUUUGGCUUGCACAUACACACUGAGACACCUUACACACCUUCCACACCCACACCCACACUCACACCCACACACACAUACAAUGUACAAGGGUCUAGUUUGAAACCGCGAAUCGUAUUACUAAAUAUACAACUAUAUACUUAUAUAUAUAUAUAUGAAAUAUAUCACAUCUAAGUAUAAGCUUUAAUUUAAACGAACCCACAAACACCCAAAACAAAGUAAAAUCAACAAACAAACAAAAAAAUCUUAAUUUUUUAAGCUUUUUAUUAGGCCACUGCGCUAAUGGCCGCCAAACUCUGAUUUCAGUUUUUGUUAAGCCUAACAAAUUUUAAAAGCAAGCUUAGGCUGACCGAGAGAAUUUUAAUGCUAUUUUAUUACCUUGCGUUACGUCUUCUAAAUUUUGUAAAAAUAACAUAAUAUACAUAUAAAAUAGAUCUUAAUAAGAUGUAAUUUUCUUUAGACUGUAGACGAGAUAAGCAUAUAUAGAUCGAGAUAUAUAUAUAUAUACACAACACAAAACAUGCAAGAAAACUGUUACGCUUUAAAUACGAUUAUAUAUACCCACUCACUUAGCCCGUUCCCAAAUCGCGCCCAAAACCAAACAAACCAAGCCAUUCCAUUCCAUCCUCUCAUUCAUAAGUUCGAUCAAAGUCCAUUGUAAGUUUUCUCAUUUCUCAUCUGUCGUCAAGUAUUAAACGGAAUGAACCGAUCGAUGGUUUAAGGACCUCGUUUAACAAAAAACUAUGUAUUGUAAAUCGUCUUCGAUUUUUGUGUUGAAGCCACCCACCACCUCCCCUAUCGCACAUCGCACCGGCAUCUCUCAUUGGGGCUUUCGUUUGGGAAAGUCAACGGAAGGAAAGCGACUCCACACAUAAUAACGGAACUCUGUAAUAUAUGAUAUACUACUACUACUAACUCCCCCCUACAGUCUCACUCUCUAUCUCUAAAAAAAAAAAAAAGGAAACCCUUCUAGAAUAUAAUGUAUUCGAUCGAGUUAGUUUGGUUACCGAUUACGACUUGAUUACGUCUAAGUUCUCUGGCCUGCCACUGGCCCACUCAGAUCUACUCGCGAACAAAAUUGUGUUUUUUUGAAACUAAAUGUAUUCGACUUAUGCUUUAAACAUUUGAAACCCUAUUUUUUAUACAACACUUUACUUUUUAAGAAACCGCAGAGAUGAAACCACUGAGCCCACGUAUCCCUCCAGUAGCAGCAGCCUCGUUUCCAUUCGAUUUUUUUUUUUUUCGUUUUGUUUUCGCGGUAUGAGGUACGAUUUCAUUUUGUAAUUUACGUGCAUUUUUGUGAUCUAAUUUGUGUAACUACUUUAAACGAAAAAACAAAAAAAAAAAAACAACAAAAUAUUUUAAGAAAUGAAAACAAAAAAACAAUAAAAACAAAACAAAGCAAGA